GGCAGUUUCACACCCAUUUCCAGUGUGAAUAUUAUUGGCUGGCUUUUUAGACGAGAUUUUGGCCGACUCUUGAGAACAUUUAUGGCCGCCAUUGCCACAGCAUCUCUUAGCACUUCCGCAGUCGUCGUUCGACUCUCGGUCGCCUUCCGCAGCAGGUCCCGUCAAACCGUUGCAACGUCUUCUUCCUUCGCUCGCCAUAGCAUUUCCCCCAUUUCCCGCACAUAUCAUCCUGCGACCAAACCGAGCGACUGUCUUCCAACCGGAGAGCUACAGCUACAGCGAUCUUCAUUUUGCACCGGACUAGCCUCAGGCACUUACCAUUCUCGAUCUCUCAAGCCGAUAGCAGCAGCUGCCGGCCACGCCUCAGCGUUCGGCAGUCAGGGAAGGGAGGGAAAAGAGGCAAAGGAGGGAUUUUGGAAGGGGGGACAGGGAGAGGCAGGGGGAGGGGGAGAGGCAGAGGAGGCCUGGGAGGAGAUGGGCGACAGCGUCCCAGCAGCCCGUGUGCGGCUGAGACAAGAGCUGUACGCGCCGAUUGAGCCGCAUAGAUCCGGCACCCUUGCUGUGUCUGGCGUGCAUACGGUGUACUGGGAGGAGAGCGGCAACCCCAAGGGCCAGCCUGUAAUUUUCCUGCACGGAGGGCCAGGGGGAGGCACGGCCCCAGCCAACAGGAGGUUCUUUGACCCGGCGUUCUUCCGAAUCGUGCUGAUGGACCAGAGGGGGGCGGGCAGGAGCACUCCGCAUGCCUGUUUGGAGGAAAACACCACGUGGGAUCUGGUGGGGGAUAUUGAGACCCUGAGGAAACACCUGGGGGUUGACAAGUGGCUGGUGUUUGGAGGGUCAUGGGGCUCCACACUCUCUCUUGUCUACGCUGCCACUCAUCCAGACAGGGUCGCGGGCUUGAUUCUUCGGGGGAUAUUCCUGCUGAGGAGGAAGGAAGUGGAGUGGUUCUAUCAGAAGGGAGCUGACUCCAUCUUCCCUGAUGCGUUUGACAAGUACCGGGAGUUUAUCCCCAAGGACGAGCAGCAUGAUUUGGUGGCGGCAUACCACAAGAGACUCAUGAACGACUCUGAGCCUGACCAACAGGUGGCAGCAGCGCGGCACUGGACGGAGUGGGAGAUGGCCACCAGCUACCUGCUGCCCAAUGAGGAUUCGCUCAAGCGCGGCGAAGACGACAAAUUCGCGCUGGCGUUUGCCCGCAUCGAGAGCCACUACUUUGUGAACAAGGGCUUCCUGCCUUCGGACUCCUUCCUGCUAGACUCUGUGCCCAAGUUCAAACACAUCCCAGCCGUCAUUGUGCAGGGUCGGUACGACGUGGUGUGCCCUAUCGUGUCGGCUUGGGAGCUCCACAAGGCCUGGCCCGAAGCUGAGUUCAAGGUUGUUCCAGAUGCUGGGCAUUCUGCCAACGAAAGAGGCAUUGGUGAACAGCUAGUCGCGGCAAUGGAGUCUUUCAAGCUCAAGCUUUCAAGAUGAUCAAUGCUGCUUUGGUCGCACGCAUUUGGAGAAGUCACCCUUCAUGUAAACUGAAAAUAAGACCACAUUAUUGACUUAAGCAUUACUUAGGAAGUAGAAGUUUGUACAAUAUUGGUUAGUUUUGACGGAGGGAACUAUACCGCGUACAGACAUGGAGGCAGCUUUACACGUGGUUUGUCGA